AUGAUGGAAGAUUUGUUAUAUGUGCUUAUGGGAUGUGAAGGUAAUUACAUACGAUUCUCAGAGCUAUAUGACCCAAGCUCUGAAGUUGACAGACUAAGGGGUCCUGAUUUUAGAAUUGCCAAAUUUUUUGAUCCCAGUGUCAAGGAUCUAGCCAUGUCUAUUGCAGAAAUUGCUAGCUGGUAUAUGGCUGUUCGCGCAUUUUGCGAGUAUCAGAGUGGUGAUAUAUUUGGCCGUGUGAACCAAGCUUUAUGUGCAGGGCUUAGAAAAAUUACAAAGGGGUAUCUGGCUAAUCUUGCUGAAUUAGAGUAUCUAGUGUUGAACUCUCAGCAAUUCUCAUUGCAUCAGAUGAGCGUGGAAUUGACCCACACGGGAUCGCUGUUGAAGCAUGCGUAUAGUGUAUGUCAAGCGAUAUUAGAAGAUAAUGUCAGAAAAUCUGAAGCGACCAGUAGGGGUGGCAAUGAUAUCGAAGAUAUCAUUGAAAAGAUCCGUGGAACAGCAACUUCUGAACAUGUAGAUUAUGGAAAUAUUCCCCUACGUGAAGAGGGACGAGGAGAUACAGUCUGUAAAGGGGGUUCGGUACUGAAGCUAUUAGCUAAGCGCUUAGAAAUUUGGUCGGGAGACCCAUUAGCUAGUGGUGUGGUACGAAUGUUACUCCAAGAGGCAUCUAGGCCAUAUUUAGAUAUGUUCCAUCGGUGGAUUCACCAUGGUAUUAUUGACGAUCCCUAUCAAGAGUUUAUGAUUCGUGAAGCACACAAUUCAUUCACUGCCGACCAGCUACAUCAAGAUUAUGCUGAUAAAUAUUGGGAACGACGAUAUAUUAUCCGAACAGAAGACCUUCCGCUACAAUUAUCGAACCCAGAGGUAUACGAAAAAGUGCUUCUAGCAGGAAAGUACUUGAAUGUCAUCCGAGAAUGUGGAGGUAAUGACGCAUUGAAUUAUGGUGGAAAUGAGACUGAAAUUGCUGACAAGAAUAGAAGCAGCGAAGCAAAUCAAGGAGAGAACAAUUACACAUCUAUAGAGGACACAAAGAUCAUCAUUGACUUGAAUGCUGCUUAUCAAAAUGCAAACCAAGCACUACUGACCCUUUUAAUUCAGACGCAGGGUCUGCAAAAUCGACUUCGCUCGUUGAAGCACUACUUUUUUCUUGAUAGAGCAGAUUUUUUUAUCAAUUUUAUGGAUAUUGCACAUAGUGAGCUUUCCAAGUCGUCGCGAGAGGCAUCUAUCACGAAAUUACAAUAUCUCCUCGAUAUGGCUCUGCGGCAACCAGGUAGUAUAUCAUCAGAAGAUCCAUUCAAAGAUGAAGUUAUUGUAACAAUGAGUCACAAGAGUUUGACAGAAUACCUAUUACAGAUUACCAACAUCAUCGGAAUCGAUGCUGAGCAGAUCCGAAACAAUUCUGCCAACAGUUCUGAAUAUGUGCGAAAUAUGGUGCUGGCCGCCAAGCAUACUAGCGGUGUUACAUCUGCGGACUCUGAAAAGCGAAGCAAGUCAUUCACGGCCAUAAUGGGUCUGCAGCUUGACUUUAAGAUGCCUUUUCCUCUAUCUUUAGCAUUGUCUCGUAACUCGAUAAUGCGCUACCAAUUUUUAUUUCGCCAUCUUGUUGAGCUGAAAAAUAUCGAGCGGUCACUUAAUUUGUCAUGGGUUGAACAGAUGAAACUACCACCGUGGCGCAAUUCUCCAUCCCAGGAUACACCAGCUCGUUUGACAGAAUGGAAACGUGCAGCUAUAAAACUACGAUCAAGAAUGCUUAUAUUUAUUCAACAGCUGUUAUACUUUUGCACGGUGGAUGUCAUCGAACCUAACUGGUCCAAACUAGAACGGGAACUGGCUGACUCGAAAACUGUUGACCUGUUAAUGAAAAAACACAUUGCAUUUCUCGACACAGUAAUCAAGGAGUGUAUGCUAACAUCUCCUGUUUUGCUUAAAAUUCGUGCUAAACUGUUCCGUGCCUGUCAAAUGUAUGGCAACUUUCUCCCCAGCCAAACACCGUCACUUGUUCAGAUAGACCCAACAUGCGUACCGGCGUCCCAGCUCAAGUACUAUAAUAGAGCCAUCAACAAAGAUGGUCAAGAGUAUACCCCAGACGAGCUUUUAACAUAUCUAGAAAACUCGCUGGGCCAAUACCAGGCCAGUUUUGACAGGUAUAUCCGGUCCUUUGUGGAAGGGAUUAAUUAUUCUGGUGCGUCAUACUCUUCCAUUCUCCUCACCUUGAGUUCCCGUCUCGAGGUAUGUAUGUAA